GCGGCUACCUCUGAUUUACAUUUCCUGAAGCGCAGCCGAGUUUGGCAAAGUGCGUGAUUUUACACUCCCAAAGGAAUCGAGAAUUAUGUCUGGAAAGUAUGUUCGCUGUGUGAGCUGUGUUGCUGCUGUAAGUUCAAAUAUGGGGAUCGGGAAAAACGGGAAGCUUCCCUGGCCUACGCUGAGGACAGACUUGGAGUUCUUAGAGAAAAUUACCACUGAGGUCAAUGAACAAGGUAAAUGGAAUGCUGUAUUAAUGGGAAGGAAAACUUGGGAAUCACUUGAUGUGACGCAGCAACCUUUGCCAGGAAGACUGAACAUUGUUAUAAGUAAGACACUGAAGGAGCCUCCUCUUGGUGCACACCAUGUUUUUAACAGUGUCUGGUCAGCAGUUCAAAUGUUAUCUGCCUCUCCUCUGGUUGACACAGUGGAAGAAAUUUUUGUGCUGGGAGGCACUGAUGUGUUCAGGGAAGCGAUUGAGUCUUCUUACUGUCAAAGGAUAUAUUUAACAGAGAUAGACAGAGAAUUUGAGUCAGAUACAUUCUUCCCGGCGUUUGACAAAAAAACGUAUCGUCUCAUAAGUACACCCUGUGACGUGCCCCAAGGCGUUAUUGAAGAAAACCAAAUCCAGUACAGAUUCUGUGUGUAUGAGAAACAAUUCACUGAAGGUGUGUCAAAAACUAGCUAAUGUCUUUUCAGCCUGGUUGACUUGGACUGGAGAACUCGGAGUUUCAAGUGGCCGCGAAAUCAUUUUAACUUCUGAGACUGGCUUUUUGGGAGGUGUUUGGAGAUAAUCUCGCGUGGAGCGUGUGCUGGGGCCAACCGGUGUGAUGUUAGCUUGGAGUGAAACAAAACUGAUGGAGACCGAUCGGAGUUUUCAUUCGUCGUUUGACUUGUUUCGUUUCCAAGAGGAGAUGUUUUCUUUUUAUCGAACGAGAGACAGGAUAUUCAGAAAUAGCGAUAAAUGUGAAAGAAAAAUAACGUCUUUGUUGAUAAACGGUAAAGCCGUUAUGCAUUCAAAAUUCCUAAAUGGGGCGCAACCAAAGCUAUUUCCUAACGCCGCCGUAGGAUUUAUUUUCUGAAAAAGUGUCUAAAGUACAAAACUUUAUAUUAACCUUUUAAAUCACCUCUUUAGAAGCUAUAGAAUUCUGCUUCAAUUCUUGCGCGCUUGGUGUAUACGGACCAUGCUGGCGAAUAAAGCGAUUUUCAAACGUUUCA